AUGUCGCUUUCUUCCUCCUCCAGUUUAUCGAACCUGUCAGUCAUUGACGAAAAGUUCGAGAUGUCUUGUCCUCCUACAGACCUUCUUGUCCGAGAUUUUGGUUGGCCGUCGGUUUCUCCUCGCUACCGCGGCGACCACACUCAAGAAAGCAACCCUGAUUGGGACCACGACCCGCUCGAGUGCGAAAAAGCCAAGGCAGAAGCCUUUGAGAAGAUGGAGAGAAGCUACGCCCUAUACAUGGCCAAUCUUGGAAAGAGGCCGCCCGUGCAGAAGAAGAAGGCUGUUUGGGCUCGAUUCCUACCCUGGGUGCGUUAA